GUGACGCUUAAAAGGAAAUUCCUGCUUCGUCGGCAUUGGGCUGCUCCAAUGCAAUGGCGCGGGCUCCGGCCCCGUUGGGCGCACGCGCAGUCUCGUGCCCAUGCGGCGGGUGUCAAGACAGAGCCCAGGUCGCCCCUCUUGGAGUUCCAGCUAGACCUCCGGGAGGUGAAGCACAUGGCGCCCCACGUCUUGGCCUCCGCCGUGGCCUCCGCCGGGGCAGGCCGACACCUGGCCCCGGUGCUGUGGCGCGCCUAUGGGCAGAGGGCCCUGGAACUGAAGAAGCGGUUCACCGUGGCCGACUUGAGGCCGAUUCAUCCAGCUCCAGGCGGUUUUUGCAGGGCCAUGCCGCCGCCAACGUGAAGGACGCCGCGCUCUUCCGGGAUUUGCUGAAGGCUGUGUGGCAGGGAGAUCCAGCGACGCCGCCCAAAGAUCUGUGCUCCAUCGCUAUCUCUUUGGCCAAGCUCAAGUGCGACGCCGGGAGUUUCGACGACCUUGCUGAGCACUUUGCGCGGGAGCGCGCGCUGGAGGGCCUGGAAAGCAUCGACGUGAGCAGUUUGGCCAACGCCUUUUCCCGGGUCUCCUGCGCGCACGCGCCAUUCCUCCGCGCCCUGGCGGCGCAGCUCCGCCAAGACGCGGCGGGCGCCGCGCCAGUGGCGGCCGCCAUGGCGCUCAACGCCUUCGCGGUGAUGAAGCACUGCGACAAGGAGCUCUUUGAGGCUUUGGUCACCGGCUCCGUGAGGCCUUGCGUGGGGGACUUCACCAUGACCCAAGCAGCCCUCACGGUGGACGCCCUCGCCCGGUGCUCCGAAGUGACGGAGGACCUUGCUCGUCAAGCCUUCCGAAGCUUCGUGGAUCAUUGGCUCCGAGUGGGGCAGCUCAGCUUCGCGGAGUGUGAGGACCUGGCGCGCCUCGCCAGCUCCGCCGUGCGGCUCCAGGUCGAGGACGCGGGGCUGAACGCCGCGCUGGCGCGUCUGGGCCUGCGCCGCGUGGGGAGCUUCAGCGCCGCGCAGCUCGGCGUCUUCUGCGCCGCGCUGGCACGGCUGCCGUCCGAAGGCCGCGAGGCCUUCCUGAGCGUGGCGGCCCUGCGGGCGCUGCCGCAGGCGCUGCGGUCCAUGGGCCUGGUGGAUCUGGCGCUGGUUGCCCAGGCCAUGGCCACCUGCGACAUCACCUUCACCUCGGAGGCUGUGGCUUUGUUUCAGCAGCGGCUGGCGGAGACGGCCAAGGAGGAGUUGGCCCAUCUCGCCGCGGAUCGCGCGGCGGAGCUGGCCAGCCUGGCGGCGGCGCUGGAGCGCAUCGCGGAAGGGUCGAAGGUCUUGGCGGGAGCGGACGGCAAGCAGUUGCUGGCAUCCAUCAGGCCUUUGUCCAUGGACCUCAUCGCUCGAAGGGCACUGCGCCUGCGGACGGCGGCAGCGCUUAUGGCGCUGCACGCCGAGUUUCGUGUGCGGGAUGUGGCUCUGCUGGAUGCCCUUGGGUCUAUUUCCGAGACACGGAUCUCGCCGGUACUGGCCGGGCGCCUGCUGAGGGGAAUGGCGCCUUUGGGAAAUCCCGUGAAGUCCCUGCUGCUGCUCAUUGACGACUCCUUCGGCGCUUCUCGCGGAUACCAGCGGUCCUUGCCCGCCCUAUCUGCCGACCUUUUCGCUGCAGCCCUGCUGGACUUCGCCUACCUCUCCGAGGAGACCAUCAACAGCCUGUUGAGUGCAGCUCAAGCAUGCUGCGAGUCCGACGCGAUUCCAUCUGACCGCGCGUUGCGCCUGAAGUGCGCCGCGGAGCUGUCGGCCGCCGCCCACGCCAGGCUUCGCGGAACGGCUGUUGGCGAGUCCGGCAGCGCAGCCUGGCUGGCAGACUGGGCUGUGGAGGUCUCCGGGUCUGACCCGCAGCUCGCGCCGGCCUUGGUGCCGCCGGCGCCGCAGGGCUUGCGGCGCUCCGUCUUCGCCGCCCUGCGGCGGGCGGGGCAGGAGGUCCCCUUGCCUGGUCUCAGCGCAGAGGUGGGGUUCGUCUCGGAUUUGGCCACCAAAGGCGGAGUGGCGGUGGAGGUGAAUGGUCCAGAGCGUUUCUACCUGGACAGCGUUGAGCCGUUGGCGUGCUGCCGUUUGAAGCAUCGCGCCCUCUCGGCGGCUUUCCCAGCGGUCAAGGUGAGCUGGUGGGAGUGGCCAUCAGAUCCGGCGGAGCAAGACCGCUUCCUCAGCGUGGACAUUUCUGGAUUGGAUCCCGUCGAGCCAGUGGACUAUGAAAAGAUGCUCGCGGAGGCGGCGCAAAUGCCCAGCCGGGGCGCCGAAGGCUAUGAAGCGUCAGUUUAG